AUCAACAUGGCGCUUUACAGAAGAGCGUGUGUACGUGCACUUACUUCGUUGCUGCAGCUACAGAGACCAACAUGGGUGAAGAGUUUGUUUCCAAUCAGUGAAGCCACUGUCCGAGGGAAUACAGUGAUAGGGCAGAGAACAUUGCUUACCGAUGCCUACAAAGGAACGAGUGCGUGGCGGACCAGAAAGAUUUUAGCUACGAACAUGGAUGAACUGAAGAUCACACUGGAUGCAGACUUCUUUGACUUCAAGAAACCUGUGGCCUCUGUGGACCUCCAUAAGUUCAUGGACAACAUUUCUGAUGAGCAUGACCUGAAGUCAGCCGAACAAUAUCUGUAUUGUCACCGUCACUCUUCUGUGGCCCAUCAUCUCCGAGCAUCCACCAUGCACAGCUUCAUCAGAACAUGCCUGGAUCUAGGACAGGCUGACACAGCUGUGAAAGUCCUCCAGGACAAGACAAAUUACGGAGUGUUUCCUGACAACUUCACCUUCAACUUACUCUUGGAUGACUACUUAGAGAGGGGGGACAUCAAGGGUGCGGCUGCGGUUGCCAUGGAGAUGAUGACACUGGAGGUGUUGACCGACGAGGAGCCCCUGUCCCGGCUGCUUGCCCUGUAUUGUUGCCAUCGGUACUUGAAAUCAGGAGACAGCGCAAGGGAAGUGAUGCAUGACUUGGGCAUGACCUUUGCAGAUGCCACCAGGGGUCAGACUAGUCUUCUCUCCAGCAGUUACCACGCCCUUGGCCUUGUGAUGGCGGGAAGGUUAAAACAGGCUGCUAGAUUCUUGCAAGCUGAGGCAGAACGGACAGGAGACGGUGGACCCUGUCUGGUCCAAGAAGUCGUUGAGGGGUUGCUAGCUGUGCCGGAAGAGCAACCAGACGUUGAAGAGGAGCUGAGGGGCCAGUUGCAGGAAUGUGUGUCCAGGCUGCAAGCCGAGGGCAGAAUAUCGGCCGAGUCGCUGGACAGCCUGGUGACGACAGAAAUCCUCCCUGAGAUCCAGAGGCUGCAAGCGGACCACACCCACGCAGAGCAGUACCCAGAGAUGCUGGCCGAGUGGCAUCGCCAGCACGUGGAGGCCGUCCGGAGGCAGAUCAGGGCCGCCCAGGAGUACGAGAUGUCUCUGAAGAAGAAGAAGUUGGAGAAGCUCCUGGAGGCCACAGGAGGGCUCCGCUACUGGCUUCAGAAGGAAGAGCGACGGAAGGCGGCGGCAGAUGCCGAGGCGGGGAAGGAGCAGUCUGGGGAGACAACAGAGGAGCAAGAAUUGGACAAGCAGACAGUGUAAAGGGAAAGAAUGAAGACCAAUGGAAGACAGACUGAACCAAACGGUUGCUUACAACAUCUGAUACAUGGCAUCCUGCUUCCAUGUUGGACGGUGUGAAGAUUCCUCCAGCUUGCAUCGACCAUUCAGCCAUUGUUCAUUGUGCCUUCCUCACAUGGGUUGGAUAGUGGGGCACACCAUUGAACACCGACCGCAGGGGGCUUAGCUUGACUUCAGCAAAAGCACGCCGAUACCUCUUCGUUCAUGACUUGCAAGUGGGAAAGCAUGACUUCAUUGAAAAAUUAAUUGGCACACUCAACACCGUGUAGAGCAGGUAAUUCAAUCGUUUGCUUGUAGUGCGGGGGUCCAAAUCUUUGCUCAGUCAUCAUUUUUGAGUCUGAGUUUUAUGAAGUAUUUCCCUUCCCUUAGGAGAUAUGAGACCCUUAAAUUAAAUGCAGCUUUAUUUAGCCGCUUCAGAACCAUCAAGCUGAUUGUUUGAGGCCAAAAUUAAAAGUACUUUUCCUCUUAAUUUCAAAACAGCAGAAAAGUGUUUGAAACCGAUGGUGGACCUUCAGACGAAGACAAAAACAGCGAUUGUGCUAAGAUUUGGCAAAGAACCCACAUGCUGUACAAGUCACAUUGUUAGGUGGCCAUUUCCAAUAAGCCAGUUUGGUAUUCCAAAAAGACAAGGUUUGUUGGGAAGAAAGCGAGUGCGCAUGUUAGCGUAUGGCUGAACUUACAGGACAGCCUAUCGUGCAUGCAUGUAGCUAUUCCUGAAUAGCCUCUCACUGGGUGUGCACUGUUGGAAUACCAGACAUUGUGCUGGAAAUGUUACACUUAAGUACUGCCAGUGCUGGCCCAGUAGAAAUAAAGUUUGCAGGUGGUUGAAAAUAUAA